UGAAGAAAAUUCGUCGGAUCGAACUUCAUCUUUCCUUUUUCCCCCUUUCUGUCUUGGAUCUGAAAGUGCCCGAUUUCAUUUUCUCGGAUUCCGAAUUCUCAGGCCGAUCCCAGAAUCGAUUAUUUUUCAAAUCUGUUUUCAGGGAAAUGAUUUUUGAGUGAGGGAAGCAGCUGGAGAAGAAAACGAUGAUGAGGAAGGGGAUUUUCGACGGAUUACCUGUUUCUGAUGAGAAAUCUUUCCUGAGAGAAGAGCUGUCAAAAAUAGAUGAAAGCUGGACAGCUGCACGUUUUGAUUCCUUGCCUCACGUUGUCCAUAUUCUAACAUCGAAGGAUCGUGAAGGUGAAGUCCAAUUUUUGAAGGAGCAGAGUGAUAUUAUUGAGGAUGUUGUGGAUGAAGUUGUGCACGCAUAUCAUGGUGGUUUCAACAAAGCAAUUCAAAAUUAUUCCCAGAUCUUGCGGUUAUUUAGUGAAUCUGCUGAAAGCAUCACUGUCCUGAAGGUCGAUUUAGCAGAGGCAAAGAAACUUCUUGGCUCCCGCAAUAAGCAAUUGCAUCAAUUAUGGUAUCGAUCAGUGACAUUGCGCCACAUAAUCUCACUUCUGGAUCAAAUUGAGAGCGUAGCUAAGGUUCCUGCGCGUAUUGAGAAACUCAUUGCCGAAAAGCAGUUGUAUGCUGCAGUUCAAUUGCAUGUUCAAUCAACGUUGAUGCUUGAGAGAGAGGGCCUUCAAGCGGUUGGUGCUCUGCAAGAUGUUAAAUCGGAGCUAACAAAGUUGAGGGGAGUUCUGUUUUAUAAAAUUUUGGAGGAUUUACAUAGCCAUCUUUACAACAAGGGUGAAUACAGCUCAGCUACUAUGACCAUGCAUGAAAGGGAUGAUGAAGUGUCGACUACCACAGCUGUUGCAUUUUCAAUUAACAGUUCACAACCUCUAUCUCGGCGAACCCGAUCACUGAAACUUGAUAAUCAGUUUGGUGCUCCAGGCUCUAUUGAUGGAGGCUCUUCUAUUGAUGGUCAUGACGAUGAGAGUGCUUUGGAAGCACAUGAUGGAGCUGCAUCUGAUGGUGUCACAUCUUCAGCUAGGGUUAAUGGUGUUGAGGGUCCCCUAAAAGACCUCAAAACUGUUUCUCGUCAAAUUCCAACAUGGCUCUCCUCCUCGACGCCAAAUGAGUUUAUCGAAGCAAUGAAAAAGAGUGAUGCUCCCCUCCAUGUGAAGUAUUUACAAACACUGGUAGAGUGCCUCUGCAUGCUUGGAAAAGUUGCAGCUGCAGGGGCCAUACUAUGCCAACGGUUGCGAACAACUAUUCAUGAGAUCAUCAUAUCCAAAAUAAAAGCUCAUACAGCAGCUCUAAAUUCAUCUAGGCCACGGAUUGGCCAGGCUUCCAAAACUACCAGUCCAGGCUUACAUGGUUCAAAAGGUUUACUGGAUAGCUACCAGGCGCUGAAACAGAAGCGUCAGAAUGGGGCGUGUUUGACCGGAACACUAUUAGCAGUUAGUCCCGUCUCACCAGUGAUGGCUCCCAUGGGAUCAGCACAAGCUGCAGCCAGUGAACUUCUUAAUACCAUUUUGGACACUACUGUUCGGAUUCUUGAGAACCAUGUUGUUGUUGGCGAGCUACUGGAAUCAAAAUCAAACCAACAGAGUGAGAUCAGCACGCCGAAGUUAAUCAAUGGAGACAUGAAUUUGAACCCUGAUUCUGAAGCCUCUCAGGCUACUGGAGGCUAUAGUGUGGGCUUUUCCUUGACCGUUGUACAGAGUGAAUGUCAACAACUCAUAUGUGAAAUUCUGCGGGCAACUCCAGAAGCUGCGUCUGCAGAUGCUGCUGUACAAACGGCGAGGCUUGCGAGUAAGGUUCCUUCCAAGGAUAAGAGGAAUGGAUCCGAGGAAGGUCUUUCAUUUGCGUUUCGCUUUACUGAAGCAGCUGUAUCCACCAACCAAGGGGCUGAUCUUGUUCGAGGAUGGAGGAGGGGUGGUUCAAAUGUUCUACAAGAAGGCUAUGGGACUGCAGCCUUGCUCCCCGAGCAAGGUAUUUAUCUAGCAGCGUCCAUUUACAGGCCAGUUAUUCAGUUUACAGAUAAAGUUGCAUCAAUGCUGCCCCAAAAAUAUUCUCAGUUUGGGAAUGAUGGAUUACAAGCCUUUGUGGAAAACUUUCUUAAGGAUCAUUUCCUGCCAGCGAUGUUUGUAGAUUAUCGGAAAUGCGUCCAGCAAGCUAUAUCAAGUCCAGCUGCUUUUAGGCCUCGGGCACAUGCUGUUUCAACCUACAAUCAAUCAGUCGAGAAAGGUCGUCCUGUGUUACAAGGCCUGUUGGCUAUUGAUUUUUUGGCAAAGGAGGUGCUCGGUUGGGCACAAGCAAUGCCUAAAUAUGCUGGUGAACUGGUGGAGUAUGUGCAAACUUUCCUUGAACGUGCCUAUGAAAGAUGCCGAACCUCAUUUAUGGAGGCUGUUCUAGAGAAGCAUAGUUAUAUGCUUAUUGGAAGGUACGACGUUGAGAGCUUGAUGCGACUUGAUCCAGCUAGUGCUUUUUUACCAAAUUCAUCGGUUCAGCCAAUCCUGGAAAAUGGUGGUUCAGAUACGGAAAUUGGUGAAGUGGAAAUGGAAAUGAGUGAUAUACUAUUGAGUUUGCGACCUAUUAAGCAGGAGAAUCUAAUUCGUGAUGAUCACAAGCUAAUAUUGCUGGCAUCUCUUAGUGAUUCUUUGGAAUAUGUGGCAGAUUCCAUUGAAAGGCUUGGUCAAGCCUCCCUUAGAGCACCGGCGCAUGUAGAGGAUGAUAACCACACCCAUAAGAGUCAUCAACAUACGCGAACUAGCAGUGCAAUUACUAGGAAUCUUGCAGUUCUUGCCGAUGAAUAUAGAAGAUUGGCAAUCGACUGUCUCAAGGUUUUACGUGUAGAGAUGCAGUUGGAGACUAUUUUCUAUAUGCAGGAAAUGACCAAUAGGGAAUACUUGGAUGAUCAAGAUGCAGAAGAGCCGGAUGAUUUCAUUAUUUCACUUACGGCACAGAUAACACGUCAGGAUGAGGAGAUGGCACCUUUUAUUGCAGAAAUAAAGCGGAAUUAUAUUUUUGGUGGAAUAUGUGGCAUAGCGGCCAAUGCGUCAAUCAAGGCUCUUGCAGACAUGAAAUCUAUCAACCUUUUUGGAGUUCAGCAGAUAUGCCGAAAUUCCAUCGCAUUGGAACAGGCCCUGGCAGCCAUCCCAUCGAUUAACAGUGAAGCCGUACAGCAGAGAUUAGAUCGUGUUCGGACUUACUACGAACUUCUAAAUUUACCAUUUGAGGCCUUGCUUGCCUUCAUUGCUGAACACGAGUACUUGUUCACAUCCGUAGAGUAUUCCAGUCUUAUAAAGGUGACAGUCCCAGGCAGGGAGAUCCCCUCUGAUGCAGAGCAGCGGGUAUCAGAGAUAUUGGCCCAUUAGCCCAUCUGAUAUGUGAUUGAAGGAAUUCCACCAUGAGUGUAAUUAGAGGUCCAGUGAAGGGAUGGAAAGGGUGCAGGGAUGCAAGGUGGCAGAUCUGAAGCAUAUUAAAUGUAAGCAUGGAAGCUUGCUUUUUCCUGGUAUUGAUUGGUCCCAGCAAUGCCCGCCGACUGGUGUGAUGGGUUUUUGGUUUUUUUGAUAGUUCGAUUUGUGGUAGCCAAUUGUGUGAAAUGUAUGCAUACUAUUCCACUUUGGAUACCAAUUGAAUAUACUUCCUACUCUGCUGUGGUAAUUCGUUGAAAGACUGCAGCAACGAUGCAUGAAUAUACUCGAGGGUUCGCUGAUAGGAACCGAUUCGAAAACUUGGAGCCGCACUUGGUAUUGUUAUUACUUUUUGUCUUCUUUUAUCUAAUUUUUUUUUUCGAAAAUUAAAAUAAUAAACUCUAUAUGCUGAAGAAAAAAAAGAA